AUGGCCACAGCUUUUCCAGCUAAGCAGAUCCCUGGGAAAACCUGGCCAUCGCAGUUGCGUCUGCUGAGGUCAGAAGGGGGCACUACUGCCACAGCAGUAGUGGUGACAUGGCAACGAGGAGGAUGGACCAGUAGGGGCAUUGUGCUGUUGGCCCAUAUGGCCCAUGGCACAAUGACACAGCUUCACACCAGAUUUGGCCAAGUGCAUAUUGGAAGAUUGAUUAUAGGCCAAAAUGGCAUUUUAUCUACCCCUGCAGUGUCAUGCAUUAUCAGAAAGAUCAAAGCAGCUGGUGGGAUUAUUUUGACAGCUAGUCACUGUCCUGGAGGACCUGCAGGAGAGUUUGGUGUCAAGUUUAAUGUUGCCAAUGGAGGACCAGCUCCAGAUGCCGUUUCUGAUAAAAUUUACCAAAUCAGCAAAACCCUUGAAGAAUAUGCUAUUUGUCCUGACCUGAGAAUUGAUUUAUCUCGAAUAGGAAGACAAGAAUUUGAUCUGGAAAACAAGUUCAAGCCUUUCCGGGUUGAGAUAAUAGACUCAGUGGAGGUCUACCUCAACCUUCUGCGGACUGUCUUUGACUUUAGUGCCAUUAGAGGCUUACUAACGGGGCCAGGUCAACUCAAGAUCAGAAUUGAUGCCAUGAAUGGAGUGAUGGGUCCCUAUGUCCGGAGAAUCCUGUGUGAUGAAUUAGGAGCUCCUGCUAAUUCUGCAGUUAACUGUGUUCCUCUGGAGGAUUUUGGUGGCCAGUAUCCUGACCCAAACCUUACAUAUGCAACUUCUUUGCUGGAGGCGAUGAAAGGAGGAGAGUAUGGAUUUGGAGCUGCUUUUGAUGCUGAUGGAGACCGCUAUAUGAUCCUAGGUCAAAAUGGAUUUUUUGUGAACCCUUCUGAUUCAUUGGCCAUUAUAGCUGCCAAUCUUCCCUGCAUUCCAUAUUUCCGUCAGAUGGCUGUGCGAGGUUUUGGUAGGAGCAUGCCUACCAGCACUGCUUUGGACAGAGUGGCAAAAUCCAUGAAAGUUCCUGUGUAUGAAACACCAGCAGGCUGGAGGUUCUUCUCAAAUCUGAUGGAUUCUGGUCGAUGUUCACUGUGUGGAGAAGAAAGUUUUGGCACUGGAUCUGACCACAUCCGUGAGAAAGACGGACUUUGGGCUGUACUCAUUUGGCUCUCUAUCAUGGCAGCUCGAAACCAGGGUGUAGAAGAGAUUGUUAGAGAGCACUGGACAAAAUUUGGCCGUCACUACUACUGCAGAUUUGAUUAUGAAGCACUGGAUCCUCGAACAGCAUAUUUCAUAAUGAGAGACCUGGAAGCUUUGAUCACUGAUAAGUCUUUCACUAAUCAACAGUUUGCUGUUGGAAGUCAUGUCUACACUGUGCAAAAAGCAAACAGUUUUGAAUAUGUGGAUCCCGUAGAUGGCACUGUGAGCAAAAGACAGGGUCUAAGGAUAAUUUUCUCUGAUGCAUCUAGACUCAUCUUCAGAUUAAGUGCUUCUAGUCAUGUACGUGCUACCCUCCGAAUCUAUGCAGAAAGCUAUGAAAAGGACCCCAGCAAACAUGACAGAGAACCACAGGCUGUGCUGAGUCCUCUCAUAGCAAUUGCACUGAAAAUAUCUCAGAUUCACGAGAGGACAGGCCGUAAAGGACCUACUGUCAUCACCUGAAUCAAGAGAAGAUCAAAACCCCAGGGCUAAGAUUAACAGGAAAGAGAUAAAGAGGAUGUUACAACAUAUCAGCUGUUUGUGCCUUAUAUAAUUCUAAGAGUUUGAGAGCAAAUGUGGGGGAACACAAAAUUCAGUAUUGCUCAUAUUUGGUUUCAUUCUUCUUUUAAGACAGCAAUGCACUUACAUUCAUAUGGCUUCCGUAUAUUCUUAUACACAAAAUUAACCAAAGAAAAAGCUUUCUGUAUAUCUAUGUUCUAAUAUUAUGUUCUGCCAGCAUGACAGCAAAGAUAUUAGCAUUAUGUGUUUCAGAAGCAAUAGUGGGCUACAUACUCCCCUGUUUGAAUAUUCAGGUGGUGGUAGUAUUUCAGGAUCUCAGUUUUAACUCAAGUGUAAGUGUAUUCAAAAAUCUCAGAAACAAAGGAAAAUUUAUACUAUAUGGUUUCCAAACUUACUUUUUCAUUCUAAGUGGUUGAUGUCAUAAUUUUAACUAAAGUUUAACAAGCUCAGUUAAAGGGCAAGGUUCAGUUCUUGAGAGGUUACCUAUACUACCCAAAAUGCCAUGCAUUUUUCCUUUAGCAUUAAAUGCCAUACAACACACAGUAUCAAAGCAAUACAACUCAUGUACAGAAACUGCCGGUAUGGGUAUUCCAAUCUCUCUUAGUUCUGAUUAAGCCACUUGACCAUCUGUGUGGUUAACUGGUAGUAAAUCCCACAGAGAUCAGUGGAAUUUACUUCUAAAUGCAUGCAGUGUAGCUUUAUGCUGAGAUGCUGUUUAACAGAUCAUGAUUUCUAAAGCAUGUUAGCAACAGCCAUGCCUAAUCACUUAGCCAAAGUUCCACAAAUAAUAAGUGCUCUUUUCUGUACCAGCUGAAGCCUGGCAUCUGCUAUGUUCUUGUAUACUUUAUGUAAGUUAAAGUUUUGAAUCCAAGGGGUAGAGGAAGAAAAUUACCAUGGAACCAACUCUUUGGCAAACAGCUCCCAUUUUCUGCUCUUGUCUGCUGUAUUAUUCACAUAUUCACCAACAACACAAAUACUACACAGGUGGUCUACAUGCUUGCAAAGAAAAAAAAAUGCAAUGUCUCUUUUCCACUUAGCCACUUUCUGAAUUCAAACAUAAUUUGUACAUUUUUAAUUUAAAGGAGCUAUCUAUUCCAUUAUUAUUGAACAAUGCUAGGGGUUACCUUUUAGUAUUGAGCUACUGCAGCUGCUUUGGCAGAGAUCCAUGUCUUUUGUUAAUUUUACUGUCUUUUGGAGGAAAGUUGCCUAGACUAUCCUCCUGCCUUUUAAAAAUAAAUGUGAUGUUAUGAAUUGGAGUCCAAACCUUAACAAACUGUAUCUCAGUAUGAAUUUGUUUCUACUACUUAAAUAUGAAUGACCAUGGCUAGGUCAGACAUUUUAUACAAGAAGUUUUCAGUGGCUCCUUUAAAAAGUUAAUUUCUAAUUUCAAAAGAAUUCAAAUGAACAGAACAGAAAUGCCUCCUCACUGAGUGUUUAUUUAUCACCAGAAGUAGAGAUUAAAAUGGUAUUGUGCUCUGAUUCCUUAAGUGCAUGAUAACUGAAUGUCACCAUUUAGUGGUAUUUUGAAGCACAGUGUUUUGAGUUCAUGGGCUGGUUUUUAAAGGGAUUAUUUACAUAUUUGGAAUUAUAAUGUGGGAGUGAAUCUCUUAAAAUGAGUCCAACAACAGGACUUAACAAAACUAAGAUAACUAGCCCGCACAAAAUGAUAUAACUUUCUUUGGGUUAGUGCCACUUCCAGGUCUAGUGGUGCUAAAAGAACUGUGGGAGGUUACUGAAGACCCUGAACAUUUUCCAGAGUCAUUUACAAUAGAGUAGUAUUCUGGUUCUUUCAAGACAUUGAAGGGGGUGGGGAAAAGUUAGCAGUCUAUGGAAUUAAGAGGCUUCAUUUUGAGUGCAUUAAUUAACAAGUGAAAUGCAUUACACUUAUUUUCAUAUAACACUGGUUAAAGGAAUGUGAACUGUGCUCUAACAGAAAGAAGUGUUGUAGCUCUGAAUGUCUUUUCGGUGGAGAGGGGAGACCAUGCCACAUAAAACAGCAGCUAUGUUGCCUGUGGAAGUAUAAUAAAUUGAAUGAAGUUUUAAAAACAUUUCUCUAAUUCACUUAGCUGUCUGAAAGUCUACCAAAUACAUUAUCAUAGGAUGAGUCAUUAUUGAACAGAUGAAGCAGAGGAGAAAGGAUUGUUCAGUGAAUGCCUGGGCACAGCAAAUGGUGCUUGUAUUUGUGAAGGAAUGACAUGGUUCCAAUGGCAAAGGACACUGAAACAAUGAGAACUCCUUGUGCAUAUGACUCAUUUGAAUGUUUUUCUUCUUUGGGAACAGAGGUGUGGCUGCUUCUCAUUUGUUGAAAGGGCAUUUGUGCAAUCUGAAACGCAUAGCAUAGUCAUGUCCAGUGCAAUGGCCAAAUGUUCAAGUGCAAGCAUUAGUACCCUUGUGCUUUAAGAUACUGAUUUGGUUCCUUUUGAUAUUUGUUGACACUUGCUAUGACAUGUAGUACCAUGCAGUGUUAUAUUUCUGCCUUGCAUGAAAUUGCUGAUGAUAGGAUAUGGUGUAAUAAAACAAGACUUUUAAAAACUUGUGUCUAAGUAAAUGAGGCACUGAACAUUUCCUCACUUCUAAGAGCACAGUGUUUUAUUGCAAUAUCAUUAAACUUCUUUUCUGUAAAUCAAAA